AUUUAACUUUCCAGUUUAUUUUUUAAAAAACAAAACCAAAAAAUACGUUAGAAAUUAGGAAUAAUAAAUCAUUAAAUCCUCCUCUUUCCUUCAUUCCCUCCCCCAAAUCCCUCCCACUACAUUUUCUCUUUCUCUUCUAUUCUUUGUCAAUUCCUUCCCUUUCUCUUAUUCACAUGAUCAACAUUUCCUUUCCUCUCAAAAUCACUUCUUAAUUUCAGGCAUUAUUUUUUAUUUUUUUUCAUUCCGGUUUAAAUUCCUAUAAAUUCGAAAACACCGAAAUUUAGAAACCUGGAAGAUCUGGAGCCAUUACCGACUUCCACCGGCAACGGCCAGAUCCGGUACCGAACACCAUCCUCAGCCGAGCUUAUCGAGUCUGGUCCAACCGGAGGCUCAAUAUCCCCGACUGGAAACGUCACCACCGAUCACCUCGAAAAGAUGAUGAAGCGUUCAAUGGCGAGGCACAAGUCCAUCUCCGACAAGAUCCACAAGUACCGAGGCGUUUUGCUACUGAUCUCCAUCCCUAUCUUGCUUAUAACAUUCGUAUUGUACUUGAUGCCGGGAAAAUCGGCUUCGGAUGCGGCCGUGCUGGAUGAGAUUGAGAUAAAUAGCAGGAAAGUAGGAGCAAAUUCGCGAGAGAAUAGGAAUUACGCGGUGAUUUUUGAUGCGGGGAGUUCCGGGAGUCGUGUUCAUGUUUAUUGUUUUGAUCAGAAUUUGGAUCUUGUUCCAAUUGGCUCUGAAUUAGAGCUUUUUGAACAGCUCAAACCAGGUUUGAGCUACUACGCAAACGACCCGCAGGCUGCAGCAAAUUCAUUACUUUCUCUUCUUAAAAAGGCAGAAAGUGUUGUGCCAAUAGAUUUGCGAUCAAAGACUCCCGUCAGAGUUGGGGCAACUGCUGGUCUUAGGGCAUUAGAAGGCGAUGCAUCUGAUAGAAUUUUGAAAGCGGUUAGUGAACUUCUGAAAGAUAAAAGCAACCUCAAAUCUGAGGCAAAUGGGGUCAGAAUUCUGGAUGGCUCUCAAGAAGGUUCUUAUGAGUGGGUGACAAUAAAUUACCUACUAGGGAAUUUAGGAAGGACGUAUGGAGAGACAGUUGGCAUAGUUGAUCUUGGUGGUGGAUCUGUUCAAAUGGCAUAUGCCAUCUCUGAGAAUUCUGCUUCAAAGGCUCCAAGUGUACAAGCUGGAGAGGACAACUAUGUAAAUGAAAUGCUUCUGAAGGGAUCAAAAUAUCACCUCUAUGUUCACAGUUAUUUGCACUAUGGCUUAUUGGCAGCUCGAGCCGAAAUUUUGAAGGCCUCUGGAGAUUCUGGCAAUCCUUGCAUAUUGGAGGGUUUUGAUGGUACUUACAAAUAUGGAGGAGAAGAAUAUAAGGCAUCAGCUCCUUCAUCGGGCACAAGCAUGGAAGAGUGCAGGAGUGUAACUCUCAAAGCUCUUAAAGUAAAUGAUUCAUGUACACAUAUGAAGUGCACAUUUGGUGGUAUAUGGAAUGGUGGGGGUGGAGAUGGACAGAAGAAUCUGUUUGUUGCUUCGUUUUUCUUUGACAGGGCUGCCCAGGCCGGAUUUAUUAAAGCCACCGAUCCUGUUGCAACAGUUCAGCCUCAUUCUUUUGCGGUUGCUGCUAAACGUGCUUGUGAAACCAAGUAUGCCAAUGCUAGAGCAACAUAUACAGAUGUGGACGAGAGUAACCUGGCAUAUAUAUGCAUGGAUCUAGUUUACGAGUACACUCUGCUCAUUGAUGGAUUUGGCCUUGAUCCCUACCAAGAUAUUACAUUGGUGAAGCAAGUGAAAUACCGCAAUUCCCUUGUCGAAGCUGCUUGGCCACUAGGCAGUGCCAUUGAGGCCGUAUCAUCAUGAAGUAAAAUUCCAAAUCAUGCAGCUCUUAUCACUCACCGGAAAUUUCCAUGGCUUGUGUUUCUUAAGGAUCGGCAGUUCUUAGUUGAUUAUCUUCAUUGGUAAUUACAUUAUUACAAGUUGCCCUGAUUUUUAUAAUUUUUAUGACAGAUUAAUUAGUUCAUUUAUUUUCUCCUACUGAACAAACAGAUAAUUGAUACCAUUGUGUUUGUGACCCCUAAUAUUUUUUGUUAGUAAAGGAGAGCAAUUUUCUUUAAAUUUUAAUCUCUUUGUACUAUUUUCAAACCCCUCCUUUUUCUUAUUUGUGUUAAGGUAAAUGAGGAAAGCAUGCAAUUGUUGUAUUUAUAUUUGUUUAUUUUAUAUUAAAUACAUAUAAAAUAUAAAAAUUAUCACAUAUAAUUUGUGUUGACAAAUUUAAACACGAAAUGAUAAUAUA